GAGUACCUCGAAGACCAGCAGGCGCUCGAAAAACAGGCCCGUGAGCAGAUGCCCUACGACCCGAACGAGUGCACGUUCGCCAUGGGCGCCUUGCGGCAGGAACUCUACGCCUGCCUCACCUGCUACAGACAAACCGCCCAGCUCAACGCCGUCUGCUACGCAUGCAGCAUCCGGUGCCACACCUCCCACGACCUCGUCGAGCUCUUCACAAAACGGUCCCGCACCUGCGACUGCGGCACCUCCAGAGUCAGCGGCCCCUGUCUCGUGCGAUACCCGCAGUGGACAAAGCUAGACGCCGAGUUCCAGUCCGAAAACGACUCUCACCGGUUCACCCCCGACAUCCCGGACUCAAACAACAGGUACGGCCACAACUUCAAAGGCGAGUUCUGCGACUGCAAUAUGCCAUACAACCCGUUGACCGACAGUAACAUGCACCAGUGCACCUUCGGAGUAAAAUGCGACGAGGACUGGUACCAUGAAGAGUGCAUCAUGGGCCUCCGCCCCGGAGUGGUGAACAGAAGUCCGAAAAGAGCUGCCCGCUCGCAAGCCAUCCACGGCAGAGAUAGACUCGAUGAGCUAUCCGAGCCAGGACUGGACGCAAGUAGCGAUAACAAGGUCAAGGCAGAAGUGGACGAUGAAGACGAACAUGACGACAAUGAUGAGGAAUAUGAUAUUCUCCCGUUGCCCGGGUUCCCCGACCUGGACUCUUUCGAUUCAACGAUAUGUUGGAAAUGCGCCUCAGAAUACCCAGCCGAAAUGGAACAGCUAGUAAACACUCUACACUGCGAAACGGUGAUAUCCAUGAUUUCUCCCGACGUUUCAACCACAGACGAAAAAGCUUCCAAACGUACGAAAAAGGACUUCCCCAAAACAAUAUUUUUGAAAGAAGAUUACCGCGAGAAGCUGAAACACCAUGUCGACACCGAGCCCUCUAGCAAACUCUCUGUUCUGCUCAAAAAAUACCCCUUCCUUUAUCUCGAUGAUCCAAUAUACAGGCCUCCAGAUGAUGAUGAUGACGCUUCUUCUGUGUUCGAGCUUGGAAUCCGUGAACUGGGAAACAUGCCAAGUGACCAGGCAGCUCAGGGCUUGGCAGCUUACGAGAAAAUCAAAUCAAAACUUACAGAAUUCCUCAAACCUUUUGCCCAGGAGGGCAAAAUAGUCACAGAAGAUGAAGUAAAAGCUUUCUUC